GAUGAUGAUGUAGGAGUAGCAGCACCACAAGGGCAAAUGGUCAACUAGUAGUAACAACAGAAACAAAUGGAAGCACAAGAAGCCACAUGUCUUUCCCUUAAUCUCUCUUUCAAGCCCUCCAAUGACCACCGAAAAUUUUGCAAUGGCCAAUCACUUCACAUAUAUUUUACCACUUCUUAACGCUCUCCCCUUUUUCUCUCCUCCUCUUAGCUUUUUGAUUCAUUAUUCUUCACUACUUUGCCAUCAUCAUGUGUUUUCAUCAAUAUCUCCUAACCCAAACAACUACCUACACAUUUUUCAAUAUUUGUCACAUGCAAAAAACAUCUUCUGAUAUAUAACUACAUUAAAUAAAUAUAUGACAUGAUGUCACUCACGUUCUUGGAUCACGUGCAAACCAUGUUUUGCAUAGCUGUUUCUUGCUGUAGGGUCUUCUAGUGGGAUUUCUUUGAAAAUGGCUUCUUUGUCUCCUGUGGUUGUUGAAAUACUUAUUUGAACAUUUAUUUUUCUUCUAAAUUUUUUGAAAUUGGGUUAUAUAUAAAAGACAAUUUUUUGUUUGAGGGGUGAUUAGAUUGGAUUUGAUGAAUUAUGUAAUGGGACAAGAAUGGCACCAGGGAAUUGUUGCAGCUCUGAGGUAGCAGCUACAUUAAGUGUGUGUUCCAUCAUGGAAGAUCAAAAUGAUGAUACCUUGGGGAGUUUGAAUCAGAAUGUUGUUGGGAAGCCUCCAAGGGAUCAUUCUGCCACUAUGCGUCAUUGCAGCAGCUCUUCAUGGCUCGUUGAUUCGGAAUCAAAUCUUAAUACUAUUGUUGGCCUUAAAACAAAUACAGAAGAUAAAUCAGAAUUUCCACUUAUAUUGAGAUCUGGAAGCAGUUCUGAGAAAGGACCAAAGCAAUACAUGGAGGAUGAAUUUAUAUGUAUUGAUAUUCUUAGAGAAUCUAUUGCACAACAAGUAGACCUUCCAUAUCCAUCAGCAUUUUAUGGGGUAUUUGAUGGACAUGGUGGUGUUGAUGCAGCAUCAUUUAUCAAAAAGAACAUGCUUAAGUUUAUAACUGAAGAUUCUCAAUUCCCAUCUAGCAUUAAAAAAGCAGUUAAGAGUGCAUUUGUGAAGGCUGAUCAUGCAUUUAGAGAUGCAAGUUCUCUUGAUAGUUCUUCAGGAACCACUGCUCUAAUAGCCCUUGUCUUGGGAAGGUCCAUGCUGAUUGCGAACGCUGGAGAUUCACGCGCAGUAUUAGGUAAACGUGGCCGAGCAGUCGAACUUUCUAAAGACCAUAAACCAAAUUGCACAUCUGAAAAACUAAGAAUUGAAAAACUAGGUGGAGUUAUCUAUGAUGGAUACCUAAAUGGACAACUAUCAGUGGCACGUGCACUAGGAGAUUGGCACAUAAAAGGUACAAAAGGUUCAAAAAGUCCCUUAAGUUGUGAGCCAGAGCUAGAAGAAAUUGUUCUAACAGAAGAAGAUGAGUUUUUGAUAUUAGGGUGUGAUGGAUUAUGGGAUGUUAUGAGUAGUCAAUGUGCUGUUACAAUGGUUAGGAGGGAACUUGUGCAACAUAAUGAUCCUAAUAUAUGUGCUAAGGUACUUGUAACUGAGGCACUUCAAAGAAACACUUGUGAUAAUUUAACUGUUGUUGUGGUUUGUUUCUCUAAAGAUCCACCUCCUAAAAUUGAAAUUCCUAGAUCACAUAGGAGAAGGAGUAUUUCAGCUGAAGGUCUUGAUCUUCUCAAAGGUGUGUUGAAUGGUAGAUGAAGAAGAAUGAAUAAGUUUUGAUUAGUGAUUUGUACAGAUUGAGUUUUUGUGGGUGCUCAUACCAACUGAUAAAUUGUUGUCAUGUGAUCAAAAGGUCACGGGUUCAAGUCCUGAAAACAGGGUAAGACUGCAUACAAUACACCAAAUAGUGGGAUCCCUUCACAGACCCAGCAUAUGCAGAAGCUUUAGUGCACCGGAUUAACCCUUUUUUUAUACUAUAAAGGUACUAUAGACAUCCAAUCCAAUUUUUUAAGAUGGUUCAUCAUCAAUAAGUCUCUUUUAGCCAAGUGGUGAAUUGCACAAGAACACAAAAAAAUUUGUUCAUUGUUGAUUCAGAAGAACUAUGAAGUAAAUUAGUUAAUUUUAAUUUGGGUAAGCUUUUCACUUAUUAUUAGUUUGUUUUUCAUAAUUUAUUUUUUAAGCUUGUUGUAAAUUUGUAAGGAACAUUCAAUUUUGUUUUCUAAUUGUUGUCUUCAAUUAAAUA